AUGCUGAAGAGCGAAUCGAGGAGCCUGGAGAACGACGUCAAGCCCCAGAAGCACUGGCAGUACCCCGAGAAAUGUGGGCACCAUAUUGUCAGAGCACCCCAACCUAUCCAGCUCCCAGCCCCCCUGCCCCUGCUCCCCGAAGCGGAGAGGCCGCUGAGCCAGCAGCCCUGGUUCCAUGGGGCUCUGUCCCGACAGGAUGCCGAGUGGCUGCUGCAGAAGGAGGGCGACUUCCUGGUGAGGGAGGGAGGAGGCAGAAGCCGAGGGGAGGUGGUGGUGGUGGUGUCAGCCAGAAGUGCGGGCCAGGGCCGACACUUCAUCAUCCAGAGCAUCGGAGUGAGUCAGACUCCCUGGGAGAGGCUGGGAGCUUGUGGACUCUCCUCUCUCUCUCAGAGCCUGUUCUGUUUCGAGCCGCAGGGCAGUUGGUUUUACUCCGUGCCCCUGUUGAUCGAGCACCACGUUAGGAAGAAGAAGCACCUCACAAAGAAGUCCAGGGUCACGAUCCGAGCGCCGGUACUCAGGGUGAAAUGGGGGAUGGAACAUGAAGAUAUCGUGAUGGGGGGACUGAUCGGCAGUGGUAACUUCAGCGAGGUGUUCAGCGGGCGGCUGGCGUCUGAUAACACCCCCGUCGCUGUGAAGCUGUGCAGAGAGGGCAUGCCCAGCGAGAUCAAGAGCAGAUUCAUGGAGGAGGCGCGGAUCCUCCAGCAGUAUGAUCACCCCAACAUCGUGCGUCUCAUUGGGGUGUGCGCCCUGAAACACCCCGUCUGUAUCGUCAUGGAGCUCAUCACAGGGGGUGAUUUCCUCUCGUUCCUGCGGUUUCAGGGAGGCAGUCUCUACAUCAAGGAUGUUCUUAAGUUUGCAGAGCAGGCUGCAGCGGGCAUGGCUUACCUGGAAAGCAAGAGCUGCAUCCACCGAGACCUGGCUGCGCGGAACUGCCUGGUGUCGGAGAACAGCAGCGUUCUGAAGAUCAGCGAUUUCGGGAUGUCCCGCGAGGUGGAGGAUGGGGUGUAUUCUGCUACCAAGGGAGGCAUGAAGCACGUCCCAAUCAAGUGGACCGCUCCAGAGGCUCUCAAAUUUGGCCGCUACACCACGGAGAGUGACGUGUGGAGCUACGGAAUCCUCCUCUGGGAGACGUUCAGCCUGGGGGCCACGCCCUACACUGGCAUGACCAAUCAGCAAGCCCGAGAAAAGGUCAACAGAGGUUUCCGGAUGAGGGCACCCCGCUUCUGUCCCCCGGAGGUGUACGACGUGAUGCUGAGGUGCUGGGAUGCACGCCCUGCAUACCGGCCAAGUUUCUUCGAUAUCCACUGCGAGAUUGCCGUUCUGCUUCGGAAGAUGAAGUCCAGUGAGCGGGAGAGUGACUCUCUGUCUGUGCAGGGCUCGCUCAAAUAAACCACAGCUGCUUUAUUUACUUAAAAAAUACAAAGAGAUGUGUGGUGGUGGUGAUGAUGUUUUUUCUUCAGUUUUCCGUGGCUAUGAAGAGUCCGACUCCUAUUCCAAAGCAGUUUCCCCCAUUCCAGGUUUUGAUUGGAGCUUGAUCAACCACAGUCUGCAUAGGCAACAAGCUCAGGUGUGUCUUAUUAAACGUGUAGUAAAACCAGGAAUGGAUCAAACUGCUCUGCAACG